AUGAAACUCCUUUUGCCAGCCCAAAAGGAGCAAGAGGGUUUUUUUGUUACAAAUGAGCAAGAGAUUAUUCAGAUUAAUCUUAAUAGAUUUGACAUUAAUUCAACUCUUCUCCUCCAAAAUCAAGUGCUAUUGAUAACCGCUACAUCAAAUGGAACAACGAUAACUACUCGUGUUAUCCUAAAUGUAGAUGGAAGUUGUCAUGAUACUCCUACUAGAACUUGUUUUGGAGGGGUUUUGCGCAAUAAUUCUAGUUUCUUUCUAGCCGGUUUUUCAGGGUAUAUUCUAAGAACAUAUGAUAUCUUGCUUGUUGAGCUUUCUCCUAUCUAUCAUGGUCUGAUCAUAGCUAAGAAUUUGGGUUAUGUGGAUCUAGCUUGUUACUCUGAUUAUCUUGUUUGCAUUAAUUUGAUUAAUGGCUCCAUUGAGAGGUACCAUGUCUAUGUGGCCCUUAUUCAAUACAUAAAAAAUUUGCUUCUUCAAAGUAAUAUCACGGUUUCUCAUACGCUUAGAGAUGGGAACCAAAGUGCAGAUUUCAUGAUGAAACUUGGAGCUUCUUCUGAUGUUGGCCUCCUUCUUCGUGAGGCACCCUCUACUGGUCUAAAUACCCUUCUCAGAAGCGAUACCACCGACACUUUCUACCUUCGAGAAUAG